UUCACGCAAGAUGUCAUCAAUCCGCGACACUAACACUGUGGUCCAAUAUGGGUGUCGUCUAUCUAUCUUUCACAGUGUGAAAAGGUACAGUGAGAUGAGGAGGCAUUGUUUUAGAAAGCAGUAGUUUGAAUACUCAUGUCCACUCGAUUGUUGAUACGCUGCAUUCGUCUCCUGGGGUCCCACUCCCCAGGGGUGUCUGCCCUCCCUGCCGCCUGCAAGCUCCCCCUUACUACUUCUGCCCCUCCUCUGGCUGCCUUGACGCUGCGGCUGCACACUUCCACCGGCGGGGCACGUAGUGAGGGGCGGAGACAGGCCCAGGCCAAAGCCCAGGAGGAUGUGUUCCUGCGGCAGCCCGAGCGCACAGAGCUAGACGAUCUGAUUGAUGGGGCUGGCAGUGUUGAGGAGCUGCUGCAGGUGUGGGCGGAGAGGGGGGGCACCGGGAACCAGGCCGCCACAGUCCUGAUACAGCUCGCCCGUCUCUCCAUCACCCCUGAGAGCAAGACCAACACUGCGGAGAUACUUCAGGACUGUAGGUUCCAGCAGCUGCUGCGGACUGUCGACACACAGAUCUCCUUGGUGUGGAACGGCACUCUGGUUACUCUGCUGAGGAGCCUGUCCCAACUGGGGGUGUCCUCAGGGGAGCCAGCCCUGCGCUCUGUCCAGAAUGAGGCUCAUUGGCGGCUGCGGCGGCUCAGCUACAGGCACCUGGUCUCGCUGGCAGACUCCUGUACCAGCCAGGCCUGUGAUGAGCAGCAGAGGGUGCUGCUGAGCGACGUGGUGAAGCAGCUGGAGCUGCGCUGGACUGAGAUCAGCGAGCCCCGCAACGUGGCUCUGCUCAUGGGCAAGUUGGGGCACCUGUCUGGGGCACUCAUGGACCGUCUGGAAGACAAGGCUCUGGAGCUGGCGGAGCGGUUCUCUCCGGAGGAUACACGGCGGGUGGCCCUGGCCCUGGCUGCUCAGAACCGGCGCUCAGUGCCCCUGCUGCGGGCGCUGUCCUACCACCUGGUGCAGAAGCACGGGAUAGAACUGCGGAGCGGGCUGCUCGUCGACCUCGCCUUCGCAUACGGCAAGCUGAAUUUCCACCAGACUCAGGUGUUCCAACGCAUUGCCACUGACCUGCUCCCCCGCGUGCCCGAGCUGGGUGCCAGCGACAUCACACGCUGCGCCAAGUCCUUCGCCUACCUCAAAUGGCUUAACCUGCCACUUUUCGAAGCUUUCGCCCAGCAUGUCCUGGUGCACAGUGAGAAAUACAGCACCCCCCAGCUGUGCAACCUGAUCCUUGCCUUCGCUCGCCUCAACUACCAGCCCAUCAAGGGGGAUGCCUUCUACAGCAAGGUCCAUGAGAAGCUGGACAGUGCUCUGGGGCAGCUGGACCCCUACAUGCAGACAGACGUGGUGUGGUCCCUGUGUGUCCUGCAGCAGGCCAGGCCCUCCUACUUGCAGAGCGUGCUGGAGCCAGACUUCUACAAGAAGCUGACAGGCUCAGGUGGCUCCUCGUCACGGGAUGAGAACUACAUGCUGAAGCUGCUCCACAUAAACACCACAGCGAUGCUGGAAUGCCCUGAGUACAGGGGUCCAGUCCUGCCUCUGGAGGCCUGUAUGUACCCCGGGGAGAAGAAGGCUUCGGCACUGCAGAACGGACUGAGGGAGGCGCUGAGGGGGCUGGUGGGGGAGCAGCAGGGCUUGUACCACUCGGCUCUCAGCACAGUGUACGGCUGGACCAUUGAUGGUGAGUUGGUUUUGAACUCGGAGAGCAAUCCCGUCCCAUUGAAAGAUCUGGCUGCUCCACACCUCCCGCAGGCAGGGGGCGCCACACCACUGCCCCCAGGGGCCAAGAGGAUAGCCUUCCUGGCCUGUGAGUUCCCAAAUUACAACUCCAGAAGCAAGGAUCUCCUGGGGAGGUUUGUGAUGCAGAGACGUCACCUACGGCUGGCCGGCUUUCUCACUGUGGAUGUACCGUACUACGAGUGGCUGGAGCUGAAAUCCGAUUCGCAGAAGGUGGCGUACCUAAAGGACAAGAUGGGGAAAGCAGUAGCUGAGGACAUGGCAAAAUAAAUAAAAAAAAUACCUGUGUAGUGAAACCUUAUUUAAAAACAAAAAAACAAAACAAUCAUUCUUGAAAGGAAUUGUAUUUUUAUAUUCCAGUUUCACAAUUAUAGACUGCGUCACUCCUGUAAGGUUUCCAAGUAACCAUGCAUUCCCUUGUUAAGGUUCCAGAAUCCUCUUCUGUCACCCAGACAACCACCUGCUUUCUUUGUUACCUUAGCAACUGGAAAGGCUUGGAAUAAAGGAUUGUGAAGACUGUUUGUUUUGAGGGGAAAGUCCUGAAGCUACAGAUAUAGGUGAUAAUCUCAUAUACGCUGUAUGGAUAAUAAUUUCACAGUACUGCUUGAUUGAUUGGCUGAACUAUUGAAGUAUACAUGGGGAAUACACAAUAAAAAAUGUAUGCACUUGUAUAGUUUUACCACAAAUGAGAAUGAGUGAAUGAAACAUGAGCCCCAAAGGGGUUGGUUGGUUGUUUUUUUUUACAGUCCCCCUCAUGAGUGAAGUAACCACAGCCCGCCAUGGACAUCCAUACAAUAUUCUGUUUAUAUAGCAAGUUAAAUGUAAGGAGAAGACAGUUUAAACCUGAAUUUGGAAAAUUUCUUUCCUUAGAUCAAGCUCUGCAUCUGCUUGGCAACACAUCAUGAUGGAUGCAAAUAGAUUCCAAAAGGAGAUCAGGGAAACUAAUUUACUCUGUAGCAUUGACUACAAAAAAAACUACAUCCUUCAACAUGUGUUAAAUAAAUCUUAUUUUAAUGUUAUACUACUGUUUGUGCUAUGAAGAUCUAAGUGAUGUUGACCUACAUUACUGUUUAUAUCCUUGGACAGGGAUGUGUGUGUUACCGAUGCAUU